AUUAAUGAUUUGAGAGCGAGGCUGGAGAGAAAUGAGCUUGAAGCUCAUAAUAAUAUUGCAACAGUUGCGGUCCCAAGGGCGGACUUAGGACAUCGCGCAAGUCCUCCGCCAACUCAGGAGCAAUUAGAAUUGUCCCGAGAGCUCCUGGAACACGAGCAUGAAAUGGAGCAAGAAGGUGAGGAUGAGGAGCGGCUCGUGUUCCAUUCCCUCCAGCAGCAACAACAUGAAGAGCGAGAAAUGGUAGAACCAGUACCGGCACUGGUUCAAAACGAAGAGGAGGAGGAGUUGGCGGAGCGGCGUCAGGUAUCACAGGAAGCGCUCCUCAAUGACGAACUGAUACCAAGAGCGCCUUCAAUGGUCCGGCGACGCAGGAAAGUGACACGAACGCGCGAAAUAGUACUGCGUUCCCGGACCAUACGUGUCCCAAUUGUGGAAGAAGAAGAAGGGCGUGGUGCAGUACCAGCGGGUCCGGAAGCCUUUCAUACGCCGGUGGUGGAAGGUUUACCGCCGCAGUACCGACAGCUGUUGGUCACGCCAGAAAUCGACCCAUACACGGUGGCUCGAAAUGCUGACGGGUCGGCCACAAUUGGCUUUUGUCAAAGAUGCGGCCAUUUUAUUAACAUGCCGCAUGUGAACUCCGAUGAGGAAAUAACAGCCACGAUGGAGCUCCACUCCUUGGAAUGGUGCCCCAUGGCCACGAAGGCCGUCAUAAGUGAGAGGGCUGUUAAACGAAGGAGGCUAGAACUAGCUGGUAGAAGCGAUGAAGCCCAGCACUAUUACAUCCCCGGUGCAGAAGAAGGAUGCAAUUUCUACCAGUAA